CGGCCGCGAAAGGGUGCGGGAGACGCGGAGCCGGAGGAGGAGGCGCAGCCGCUGCCCGAGCCGCAGCCGCAGCCGCAGCCGGAGCCCGAGCCGCGGGGCGGGCGCGAAGAUGCACACGACCCAGAAGGACACGACGUACACCAAAAUCUUCGUCGGGGGGCUGCCCUACCACACCACCGACGCCAGCCUGCGCAAGUACUUCGAGGUCUUCGGCGAGAUCGAGGAGGCGGUGGUCAUCACCGACCGGCAGACGGGCAAGUCCCGGGGCUAUGGAUUUGUCACCAUGGCUGACCGGGCUGCUGCGGAAAGGGCCUGCAAGGAUCCCAACCCCAUCAUUGAUGGCAGGAAGGCCAACGUGAAUCUGGCAUACUUGGGAGCAAAACCAAGGAUCAUGCAACCAGGUUUUGCCUUUGGUGUUCAACAGCUUCAUCCAGCCCUUAUACAAAGACCUUUCGGGAUACCUGCCCACUAUGUCUAUCCGCAGGCUUUUGUGCAGCCUGGAGUGGUCAUUCCUCAUGUCCAGCCGACGGCAGCUGCCGCCUCUACCACACCUUACAUUGAUUACACUGGAGCUGCGUACGCACAAUACUCAGCGGCAGCUGCCGCCGCCGCCGCCGCCGCUGCCUACGACCAGUACCCCUACGCAGCCUCUCCAGCUGCUGCGGGAUACGUCACCGCUGGGGGCUACGGCUACGCGGUGCAGCAGCCAAUCACCGCGGCCGCACCUGGGACAGCUGCGGCCGCCGCCGCCGCAGCUGCCGCCGCCGCCGCGUUUGGCCAGUAUCAGCCUCAGCAGCUGCAAACAGACCGAAUGCAAUAGACCAGCCAUCUGAUCAAAGUUGAAUUGUUUUCUCUUUCCCUCCCAAUUUCCCAAUUUUUAGUAGCUAAUAGAGUUAACAUUGACUUAACAGCUUUAAAAAAAAAAAAACAGCUAUGCUAUUGUGAAGCAGAAUUAUUAUUUUUUUUUAAUACUCCAGUAGUGUUCGAGAUGAGAAGGAGGUGAGAUUGAGGGGAGUGGGCGCAGUUUUGGAAAUCAAUCCCAAAGAGGCUGAGUAAAUGAAAGGCCACUACGAAAUGAUGGCAGGAGUAACGAAGGAACUUCACUUUUAUAGGGGGAUUUUUAUUUUUGCUCUUUUUAUAGUAUCAGGGAAGCAAACUGCCUUUUACAAGUUAGAAAAUGCUAUUUGAAUCUAGUUGAACCAGGGAAUACAGAGUGAGCAAUAUGUAGCUUGAAUUACAUUUAAAAGCAGAUUUUUUUAAAACAAAAUGGUGAAAGCACUGAUUGUCAUUUUUAGCAGUCACUAUGGCCUAUAGAACUUUUUCAAGUAAGAAGGUAAUGUUCUUACUCUCUCAAAAACGGGCAUCGAACAAUCAAUCUAGGAGCGUGGCAGUGGGUAAAAUGGCGGACAGGCACCAAAGCUAUUUUCUCAUCUAUCCUGUGGAUGAGUGGGACUGUGGAGCAAGUGAUGUGGAAUUAAUGGGUGCAACAGCUGUACAGACAAUCAAUAACACACAGUUCUGGAAAGAACACAUCACUUGUGCUUGUUUGAUGAGCUUGUCACAUUCUAAUCCCUCUCCCCAUCCUGUUUCAAUUUUGGGAAACUUGUAUCUGCUGGUGUCAGCAAUUCUGAUUCUGAAAUAGGAUCAGGCCUUUACUACAACAGCCUUCUCUUUCUAUUUAUUGUGUCGACUCGUGGCUGAUGAAUAAAGGCAGGCAAGGUUUGUGGACUCUAAACCCUUAAGAACUGUCUUAAGGACAUUUUUUUUUUCCCUUUUUAAAUAAUUUUACACUUUUUAGUAUCUAUAUCAGAGUCAUAUUUAAAACUAUUUAUUAGUGAAUACAGUACAUGAGACAGCAAGGUUACUGAGAUUACAAUUCUUCAAAGGUUAAUGAUAAUGUGGUUUAUACUGUGCCUUAAUAGUAAUGCUAUUUAAGAUAAUUUAUUUUUAAGUUUUACUAUGCUGCACUCUAAAGAAAGGAACUUUAGAUGUGACACUGUAAAAUUAUGUAUUCAUCUCAUGGCAUAAAUUAUUUAGUAGGUCUAGAUGUAGCAUAUUAAAUAUUAACCUAUUCAACGAAAGAUGUUGACUUGGAUUUAUUUAAAUUCAUAUGUGCACUGUAUAAGAGAGUACUCUUACAUUAACACAUUUUAGUGUAUUUUAGUUUUUAGAUUUUUUUUUUAAACAGGCUAUACUGCUAGUUUCAUGCUUCCUUCUCUGAUUUUUGCUCAUGUAGAUCUCAUUUAUUGGUACUUCAUUAGUUUAACACUAUUACGUAGUUUUUAAAUGCUGCUUUACAUUUUUCUUCUGAAACUGCAAUACUUGCAAUUUUUAUUCUUAAACUAAAUUGAAUACUAUUUUACACUGUAUUGGAUUUUUAUACUUGAACAAUUUCAUACAAGGGAAGACAGGUUAGCAUUUUUAUGGACUUUCUCCAUUAUCACUGGAUUUACUUUAAGUAUGCCCAUACUAGACAGUGUUAUGUAAUGUAGACAUGACUCUCCUGUGCAAAUUAUUUAUUCAUUGUGUAUAUUGCUUUAUUACAUUUCAGAUCUUCUAUUCACUUGUAUUAAAUAUAAUUUUUAAAAA